AUGCCACUUCUAUACGAUUCGAGCCCUGACGAAAAGGAGACUCCGCUUCCCUCCUCUCAAGGCAGUUAUGCAACUGUUACUUCUGCACGGGAAGACGCAAGGCAAGACGUAUACCAGAUAGUUCCUAGGGCAAACGAAAGUCCCGAUGAACUGGCUCAAAAUUACGAUGAGCAGCGGCCAACAGUACCCAACUCACAACAGCGACAUGUGAACAGAAUUGGAGAUGAACAUGGUAAUAUUAGCAGGAUCAGUCUCGGUCAACAACCAAGUCCGCAUGGACUGCGCACUAAUCUUCAUGCGCGUAAUAUCUCUACAGGAACACAGACAACACCCAGUGCCAACCAACAAAGGCAAUGGAGGGCCACGGAUGCGCCUCCGCCACCAUCACUGGAUACUGACAAUAAUUCCCAGCAAAGGCAUAAUCCUCUUACUGACAGGGAAAAUGAAGCUGAAGAACCAGCGAGUCAAAGCUCAGUUGAAGAUAUACCAAGAACCUUCAGUACCCCAUUGGCACACCCAACAGCCGUUCCUGAGCCAGACUUCAAGGUUGACCUAGUAGUCAGCUACGACAUUAUCCCAGGCAUCAACGUGCUGUUUGAACCCAACGGUGAUAUCUUCUCAUACUCGUUGGCCAAGUUCCUCAGUCAAGCCAAUUGGCAGAAUGAACCUGAAGUACUUCUCAUCUGUCUACAGGCCCCAGGUACAUCCCCAGCGACACCCGUCCGGACCUGGAUGGAUGGGGUCUUUAAGAAUGACGAGGAUAAAUUCCAAGGUGUCAUGCGCAGGUUCAACCAGAUUGUUCUGGAUCUGCAGUACCAGUUUACUCGUGUAAAGAUGGAUGCUGUGAUUGAGAUUGCUUUUGAGAACAUGGUUGAAGGACAUACGCAUGGUGUGCUUGUCGAUGCUUGGUCUAAUCGAGGCAGAGCGGCAGGUGGAAAGGUAUAG